UCCCUUUAUGUUCACAUCGCGAGGCCACACCCGCCUCUGAGUCACCCAGGCCAGCGAGCGAGGCACAGGACUCGAGGGAGUGUGCAAGCACCGGCCUCCGCCCGUGCACAGCCAGGGCUCCACCAUGGCAGAGCAACCGGAGGACCUGAAGGACUUGAUGCCCACAGAGAGGAAGUCCAUGUGGAGGACCGCCGAGGAGAGGCGCAUGUCUGACCUGACCCGCGUGCUAGAGUGGCUGGAGCGGAGGAAGGGGAAGAAGAAGCAGGUGUUCCAACAGCAGAAGAGCAAGGUGACGAUAGCCCCUAGCUCAAGUGAGAAGAAGGAAGAGAAGAAAGUCAAAGGUAUCCUGAAGAAACAUGGAAGGAACCAGGCAGAGACGACUGACGCCCCUAGGCAGGCCUCGUGGCAAAGCUCCAAUAAGGAAGGGGACCCCAUCAUCUACCGAAAGGUCUACGGACUGGAGCAAAAGGCAAAACGCCACAGCAUAAUCUCCGGCAACUACUCCAGGGAUAUCCCCAGGAAAUCUGACUUAGACAUCAAAGACGUGAUUGCCUUAGAGUCCCUGCAGCGGCCAACCUCAUUCCGUCGGCAAAGCGUGGCCAUAGAUCCCAGCUUACAGGACAGCCUCUAUGGCACCCGGAGGGUGCCUUUCUCGAGAGAAUGGUCCAGCAAGACAUCCGACUCCCUUUAUGAACGCAAGCUCAAGAGUCUCUUGGAGAAAGGCACGGAGCCCAAGAUUGAGACUGCAAAAAUGCUGAAGCCGGAGGAGGUGCUGAGCUGCCGAUACCUGAGGUUGUCCAAGAACAACAUCCGCACCCUGCUCAAGCUGUGCAGGGAUGCAGGGAUGAACGUGGACAUCCACCCCCACAUGGUUGAGUCGGAGAUAGACGCUAAAAAGGUGUUCAGCCGAAUCCACAGUGUGGCCCUCUGAAUGGCUCUCGCCGCCACCUUCCGCCUCCUGCUCUUGGACCCUUUGCCACCAGAUGCCACCCUCUGGCACACUACCAGUGGCUCUGCAGACUUAGUGCGUCCCUGUAGACAGUAACAACCAGAAAACAAGCCUAGACAGCAUGGA